AUGGGAGGGAAAAAUGAGAGCUCAUCGGCUACAUUGGAGUUGUUUUUGAAGAUUGGGCUGGAUGAGAGAACUGCUAAGAACACUGUAGCAAACAACAAGGUUACCACCAAUCUUACUGCUGUCAUUCGCGAGGCUGGUGUAAUUGAGGGAUGCAACCGAACAGUUGGAAAUCUUCUUUACUCGGUAGCCACGAAGUACCCUGCCAACGCCCUUGCACAUCGCCCUGUAUUGUUGGAAUAUGUUGUCUCAUCCAAGAUCAAGACCACAGCCCAGCUAGAAGCUGCAUUUUCUUUUCUGUCUAAUACUGCUUCUGAAAGUCUUCAUGUGAAGGAGUUUGAAGAAGCAUGUGGAGUAGGAAUUGAGGUAUCUGUUGAAGAUAUUGAAAAGACUGUCAGUGAGAUAUUCGAGCUUAAUAAGGAGUCCAUUUUGGCCUCGCGAUAUCGAACAAAUGUGGGUGACAUAUUUGCUAACAUUCGCAAGAGGCUUCCAUGGGCUGACCCAAAAAUUGUGAAGCAACUUGUAGAUGCAAAAUUGUAUGAAUUGCUCGGUGAGAGAACAGCGGCAGAUAAUGAGAAGCCUACUAAACAGAAAAAAGAAAAACCUGCUAAAGUUGAGGAAAAGAAGGUUUCUGUUGAAACUGCAGUGCAGCCCUCCGAAGAAGAACUUAAUCCAUUUUUAAAUUUUCCUGAUCCGAAGGAAAAUUUCAAGGUUCACACAGAAAUAUUCUUCAGUGAUCGUCCUGUUCUAAGGUGCUGCAACAGCAAGGAAAUGUUAGAUAAGCACCUGAUGGUAACAGGUGGUAAAGUUUACAGCCGUUUUCCACCAGAGCCAAAUGGUUAUCUACACAUUGGUCAUGCUAAGGCAAUGUUUGUUAGCUUUGGCCUAGCGAGAGAAAGAGAUGGAUGCUGCUACCUUAGGUUCGAUGAUACCAACCCAGAAGCCGAGAAGAAAGAGUACAUUGAUCAUAUACAGGAGAUUGUCAGCUGGCUGGGCUGGAAGCCCUUCAAGAUAACAUACACAAGUGAUUAUUUUCAAGAGCUCUAUGAGUUGGCUGUUGAACUGAUAAGGAGGGGUCAUGCAUACGUUGAUCAUCAGACUGCAGAGGAGAUUAAAGAGUACAGGGAAAAGAAGAUGAACAGUCCUUGGAGGGAUAGACCAAUCUCAGAAUCUCUGAGGCUCUUUGAUGAAAUGAAGCGAGGAAUGAUUGAAGAAGGCAAAGCGACACUCAGGAUGAAGCAAGACAUGCAGAGUGAUAAUUUUAAUAUGUAUGACCUCAUUGCUUACCGAAUCAAGUUCACUCCUCAUCCACAUGCAGGAGACAAGUGGUGCAUAUAUCCAAGUUACGAUUAUGCUCACUGUAUUGUGGAUUCUCUCGAAAAUAUCACCCAUUCGCUCUGUACACUGGAAUUUGAGACCCGACGGGCUUCCUAUUACUGGUUGUUGCAUUCCCUUGACCUUUAUCAACCUUAUGUGUGGGAAUACUCGAGGCUGAAUGUCACCAACACAGUGAUGUCAAAACGCAAGUUGAAUUUCUUAGUUACAAAUAAGCAUGUUGAUGGUUGGGAUGACCCCCGCCUCAUGACGUUGGCUGGUCUAAGGCGCAGAGGAGUUACAUCAUCGGCAAUUAAUACUUUUGUCCGAGGAAUUGGAAUAACAAGAAGUGACAAUAGUAUGAUUCGUAUGGAUCGCCUUGAGUAUCACAUAAGGGAAGAACUAAAUAAGACUGCUGCUCGCGCAAUGGUUGUGCUGAAUCCUCUGAAGGUGGUCAUCACCAACUUUGACUCUGCUUCUGUUAUGGAUCUAGAAGCGAAGAAAUGGCCUGAUGCUCAGACAGAAGAUUCUUCUGCAUUUUACAAGGUUCCGUUUUCAAAUGUUGUGUACAUUGAACAAUCUGAUUUCCGGAUGAAAGAUUCCAAGGAUUACUAUGGGCUUGCUCCUGGAAAAUCGGUCCUUCUCAGAUAUGCUUUCCCCAUAAAGUGUACAGAUGUAGUUUUGGCAGAUGAUAACCAGACUAUUGUUGAGAUCCGAGCUGAAUAUGAUCCCUCCAAGAAAACAAAGCCAAAGGGAGUUCUGCACUGGGUUUGUGAACCUUCACCUGGGGUAGAGCCACUGAAAGCGGAAGUCAGAUUGUUUGAGAAACUGUUCAAUUCCGAGAAUCCUGCUGAACUUGAUGAUUGGCUUGCCGAUUUGAACCCAAACUCCAAGAAGGUUGUGACUGGUGCAUAUGCUGUCCCAGUGCUCAAAAGUGCUGCCGUUGGAGACAGAUUCCAGUUUGAAAGACUCGGCUACUUCGCAGUUGAUAAGGACUCUACCCCGGAUAAUCUUAUGUUUAAUCGGAUCGUGACACUGCGAGACAGCUAUGGCAAAGUUGGUAAGUAG